AUGUUUAACCUGACGAUUAAAGCCAGUGGAGAGGGCAAUCUAGAUACAAAGCCACUUAAAUGGAAACAAGAAAAGUCUGAAAGAUGUGACUUCAGAGAGCAGUACAGCAGCCCCCAGCAGAAGCGGGACCUGCUUAUACCAAACCCUAACCCCUGUGCCUGGCAAAUGGUUAAUUAUUGGGAGGAGACUGACCCUGAGCCAAUGCAGCAGGCCCUCUUCCAGGAGAGCAGCACCACCAGCACCCCACAUGGACCAAGUAUACUGAAAAUCAAGUGCUUCAAAGUGUUACUUACGGUUCUGGUGGAAAUAGAUUCAGACUUAGAAUUAUUUCAACAAACCAAAGUACACCUAAAGAUCCAAACAGUCCCCACUGCAAGCAAGGAGGAGCUCUGCACAGGACUGACCAGUGUCAAAGAGCACCCAGAAUGCAACAUCAGAGUGCAUACAAUAAUGGAAAUUAUUGCCAAUGGCUCUAUUAAUCCACAGCCCUAUAAUGGUUUAAGGCCAGCACGGGUACCAUCAGCCUCACGAUUCCUGAAUCCCUAUGUAGUGGGUUUCGUUGUUGUGGCAGGAGUGGUAAUCCUGGCAGUGACCAUAGCUCUACUCAUCCACUUUUUAGCCUUUGAUCAAAAGUCUUAUUUUUAUCAUAGCAGCUUUCAAAUCCUAAAUGUCAAAUACAGUAAUCAGUUAAAUUCACCAGCUACACAGGAAUAUAGGGAUUUGAGUGGAAGAAUUGAAUCUAUGAUUACUAAAACAUUCCAAGAAUCAAAUUUAAGAAAUCAAUUCAUCAGAGCUCAUGUUGUCAAACUGAGGCAAGAGGGUAAUGGUGUGAUAGCAGAUGUUGUCAUGAAAUUUAAAUUCACUAGAAACAACAAUGGAGCAUCAAUGAAAAGGAGAAUUGAGUCUGUUUUACACCACAUGCUGAAUAACUCUGGAAACUUGGAAAUAAACCCUUCUACUGAGAUAACAUCAAUUACUGACCAGGAUACAGUGGAUAUGUUCACUCAAGGAUGUGGGGCCCGUACAGACCUAAUAACUCUGUCUGCGGAGAGGAUCCUAGGAGGCACUAAGGCUGAGGAAGGAGACUGGCCAUGGCAAGUCAGUCUACAGACGAAUAAUGUUCACCACUGCGGAGGCAUCCUGAUCAGUAGCAUGUGGAUCUUGACAGCAGCUCACUGCUUCAGAAGCUACCCUAAUCCUCGUCAGUGGACUGUCACUUUCGGUGUUUCAACAACAUUUCCUAAACAGAGAAGAGGAGUAAGGACUAUUUUAAUCCAUAGCAAUUAUAACCCUGCAACUCAUGAAAAUGAUAUUGCAGCUAUACAACUUGACAGAGGCAUCGCCUUUACCAAAGAUAUCCAUAGGGUGUGUCUCCCGGAGGCUGCCCAGAAUAUUCCGCCUGGGUCUACUGCUUAUGUAACAGGAUGGGGAUCUCAAGAAUAUGGCGGUAACACAGUUUCAGAUCUACAGCAAGCACGGGUCAGAAUAAUAAGUAAUGAUGCGUGUAAUGCACCAACUAGUUAUAAUGGAGCUGUUUUGUCAGGAAUGCUAUGUGCUGGACUACCUCAAGGUGGAGUGGAUGCAUGCCGAGGUGACUCUGGUGGCCCACUAGUUCAAGAGGACUCACGGCGGCUUUGGUUCCUUGUGGGGAUAGUAAGCUGGGGGGAUCAAUGUGGUCUGCCAGAUAAGCCAGGAGUAUAUACGCGAGUGACAGCCUACCGUGCUUGGAUAACCGAAAAAACUGGGGUCUAG